AUGCCAUUUCGUCAAGUUGCUGGGAAGUGUAAUAAUGAUCUCAUGAUGUUGAAAUUAUUUAUAUGUGUUUUAUGUAUAAGUUUAAGUAGUGCCCAAAUAUUGCAAAAUGGACGAUGUGAAUCAAUCAAUGUUAGUCUGCCAGAGAACUUUCAACUGGGAGAGUUCGCAGGCACAUGGUACCACAUAGAAGGAACAAGGAGUCCCCUACAGACAGGGGACUGUUCCACUCUGUCAAUCACCGCUCGAGGCGAUAUCUUGACUGGAUCUAACACUUUGGAUGUGAAAAUCAAAUCGGUGGACGAAAACUUCCCGAAUGAGAUUACUGGGGUGGCCACGGUACAAAAUGGAAGUCCUUCUUUUAGCGUUAAUUAUCCGACACUUUCAAAGACAUUGGACUUGAAUGUCAUGAUCACAGAUUAUGAAAACUUCGCCCUUGCGUACAGCUGUGAGAAUUUUGGAAGCUCACAAAAAAAUCUAUACUUCUGGCAACUCGGUAGAAGUAGUGCUUUCCCCACGGAGAUGAUAAAAAGUCUCAUGAAUCGUACGCUGUACGUUAACUUUGAUGUGACAACCUCUGAUCUGACACCUGUGGACCAUUCCGAUGUGGCCUGCCAUAUCCUACCAGAAAUUGCUCCUGGAGAGUCAAUCAUUCUACCUGGUCAGUGUGACCAGAACAUCACAGCCGUUCAAAAUUUCCAGGGCGAUCGGUUCCAAGGUGUCUGGCAUCAGAUCGUUGCGUACUAUUCGACAAACUCGAUGGGACAAUGCAACAGGGCGGAGUACAGUUUCUCAGAUGGCAAAGUCGACAAGGUCAUCAACAGUGAGGUGAUUGAAGAGAAACUGAGAACAAUUACCGGUUCAGCUAUCGUUUCAAGUGAUGAUGGGAGUGCUAAAUUACUUGUGACCUUAGAAGUUACUCCAGGCAACUUCGUGGAUCAGCCACUUUGGAUCCUGGCCACAGACUAUACAAAUUAUGCUGUUUCCUAUUCAUGCAGUGAUCUGAGCGACAACCGAAAAAGAGUGACAAGCUGGAUCCUUAGCAGGAAGCGUCAGAUGCCAGAGUCAGUUCAGCCUGAGGUGGACCUUGUGAUAAAAUCCUACAAAGACCUCAACAGAGCGUACUAUCUGCAGACCAAUCAGAGUGACAGCGCCUGCUUCUACUAUCCAGACACAAGCCCAGGGCAGUCAGUUGUUUUCCCAGGACAGUGCGAUGACAGUAUAGAGGUCGUGCAGGACUUCCAAGCCGCUAAAUAUUUGGGACUGUGGCAUAACAUCGAGUCAUAUCCAUCAGUGAACCAAGAAGGCACUUGCAACAACGCGCGCUAUUCGCUAGCUGAAGAUGGAUCGGUGGAUGUUUUCAACACGCAGGUCAUCAACGAAACACUACUUACUAUUAAUGGAGUCGCAACGCUGUCUGAAAACGCGAAUACUGCCAAGUUAACUGUUCAGUUCCCAAUACCUGGAACGAAUCGUACAACAUCAACGAAUUACUGGGUCCUCGCGACUGACUACGAGUCAUUUGCUUUUGUUUACUCUUGCACCAAUAUAAACGAAUAUGAGAGAAAGGUUUUCGGUUGGAAGCUCAGCCGAACCAAACAACUACCGCCCAACGCUAAUACAAUAAUCGAGGGUAUAAUGAACAACGUGCCCGUUCUGAGGCAACGUUACUUUGAAAAAAAUGAUCAAACUGGUGAGGGGUGCUUCUAUUACCCAGCUGUGGAACCAGGAGUUCCUGUGGUAUUCCCAGGACAAUGUGACGAAAAUAUCCCGGUCAUAAAUAAUUUUCAGGCAAAUUUGUUUUCUGGUGAUUGGUAUGAAAUCCAGGCAUACCCCAAGGAAUUUCAACCUGGACAAUGUGUUAACCACAAAUAUACGUUGGCGGGUGGCGAUUUGAACAUUGAAUCUUCUAGUGUCAAUAAUCAGUUCCUGAUCACUUCUAAUAGCACUUUGGUUACCAGUGGAACCAGCGGAAAUCUCAGUAUAAUUACACCAGGACCCAACGAUACUACAAUUACAAUACCUUUCUGGAUAUUAAGCGUGGACUACCAAGAUUAUGCAUUAGCCUACAGUUGUGUUAACUUAGUGGAAGAUAAAAGAGCCAUUUACAGUUGGAAGUUAAGUAGGAGAAAGGAACUUUCCUCCGCAGCAAAUACAGCUAUUGAUAAUGCAAUAGCAGACAUUGUGGUGCUUGACAAUAAAUAUUAUGAACCUAUCGAUCAAUCAGACAACGCCUGUUUCUACCUCCCAGACUUAGCACCUGGUGAGCCAGUUAUAUUGCUUGGCAAAUGUGACUCAAAUAUCCAAGCUAUCCAAAAUUUCAACGUAUCAGCAUACUUGGGACGUUGGCGUCUUUUAGAAAGUUAUCCAGCUGAACAGCAAAAGGGAACUUGCAAUACCGCACAGUACUCUAUUCAAGACAACGACAGUGUAAAGGUUGAUAACUCACAAGUUGUGACCGAGGAGUUAGAGAUUGUCACUGGCUCUGCUACGGCUGCAAGCGACGGUAGUGGAAAAAUCACUGUCACUUUCCCAAACAGUCCAACGCCAGCUGACAUUUGGGUGCUGGAUACAGACUAUACAUCAUAUUCUCUGGUCUAUGCCUGCAAUGAUUUACCAGACAACAAGAGAAGAGUUUACAGUUGGAAGCUUAGUCGAGGCAAGGAACUUACAACUGAAGCUGUCUUGAAUAUAAACAAAGUUAUAGAAAAUGUCCAAGUGUUGAACAACAGGUAUUAUGAAAAGAUCGAUCAUUCAGACGAUGGAUGUUUUUACUUCCCAGCUGCAGGCACUGACCCAGUUGUAUUCCCUGGUCAGUGCGAUGUAAAUAUUCCCGUCGUUACUACAUUCAAUGCAUCUGAGUAUCUUGGUUUAUGGCACAACAUCGAAUCUUAUCCUUCUACCUUCCAAACUGGUACUUGUGGCAAUGCGCUUUACUCUUCUGGCACUACAAGUGCUGUUGACGUCUACAACACCCAGGUUAUUGAUAGAAAACUCGACAGCAUCCGAGGAACGGCUGAUUUUGCUGAAGCAAUAAAUGUUGGGAAACUUACAGUCAGCUUCCCUAUUGCAGGCACGAAUCGAUCCACGUCAAGCAGUUACUGGAUCUUAGCCACGGACUACGAAAAUUAUGCUCUUGUCUAUUCAUGCGUUAAUUUGAAUGAAGAAACUAGACGAGUAUCAAGUUGGAAGUUAAGUAGAACAAAAUCAUUAUCAAAUGUAGCAACAAAUGCAAUUAACGCAGUAGUCGCCACAAUACCAGUCCUUUCUGAAAGAUACUACGCGAAGAACAAUCAAAGUGCCGAAAGCUGUUUUUAUUUCCCUGAACCUGAGCCUGGAAAGGUUGUAGAAUUCCCAGGAAAAUGUGAUGACACAAUCCAGGCGUACCCAAACUUUAACCUAACUCUUUUCGGUGGAACUUGGUAUGAAAUACAAGCAUACCCUAAGGAACAACAGACAGGACAAUGCAUAAGACACGACUACUCAGUAGCAGGAAACGAUGCUUUAAAUCUUGUUUCGAGCAACGUCUUAAAUGAAGCACUGAGAGAAACAAACAGCAACGUUAGGUUCGCUUCGGCGCAAGACACUAGUGGAAAGCUUAUAAUUCGCAUCAACAGUGGUGGAUCAGAGGUCCAAAUUCCGUUCUGGAUACUUGACAUUGACUACAGCGACUACGCUUUAGCAUAUUCCUGUGUUAAUGUUGAAAACGACAGAAGAAGAGUAUUUAGUUGGAAACUCAGCAGAUCAAAAACCUUGUCGAGUGCCGCUGCCAUAGGCAUUGACGCCGCUAUUAAAGAUAUCGAUGUUAUUGACAACAAAUAUUACGAGGCCAUCGAUCAAUCUGACUCCGCAUGCUUCUAUCUACCCGAUAUUUCCUUGGGAGAAUCGGUCAUCUUCCCAGGACAAUGUGACGUCACUAUCCCUGUGGUCCAGAACUUUAAUGUUACUAGAUACGGAGGUCGAUGGCGGAUGAUAGAAACCUACUAUUCAGACUUCCAAAACGGAGAAUGCAAUGACGCUACUUAUUCUUUACUAGAAGAUGGUACAGUUUCGGCACUGAAUACCCAAGUUAUUGGAACAGAACUUGACUCAAUAACUGGUAAUGCAACACUCGCCAGUACCGAUGGAUCUGCAAAACUAUUAGUUAGAUUCCCGACAACAACUGAGGCUUCAGAUUACUGGAUUCUGGAUACUGACUACGAUACAUACUCCCUGGUAUACAGUUGUAGAAAUCUUGAUAAUAACCGAAGAAGAGUAUGGAGUUGGAAACUCAGUCGAUCAAAAGAAUUGAGUACGGAUGCUAACAACAAAAUCAACACCAUUAUCAAUAGCAUCAACGUUUUAAACAGUAAAUAUUACAAAAAAAUCGAUCACUCCGAUGAUGCGUGCUUUUAUCUUCCUACACCUGAUGGAAAACCAGUAGUAUUCAGAGGCCUCUGUGAUGAGACAAUACCCGUUGUCGCCAAUUUCAGAGCUACUGAUUAUCUCAAUUUAUGGCACAACAUAGAAUCAUAUCCAUCAGCUUUCCAAACCGGCACCUGUAACAAUGCUUUCUAUUCCCCCGGGACAACGACCGCCGUUGACGUGUACAACACACAAGUGAUAAACAGAACGUUGGAUUCCAUCAGGGGAACAGCUGAUAUAGCUGAGAACGCCAAUACUGGGAAGCUAGUUGUCAGCUUUCCUAUUGCAGGCACCAAUCUUACGACUUCAACUCCGUACUGGAUAUUAGGCACCGAUUAUACUUCCUAUGCUCUGGUAUACACUUGUAUGAAUUUAGACGAAGACUCCAGGAGAGUAUCAAGUUGGAAGCUAAGUAGGACAAAAUCGUUAACAUCUGAAGCAACAACUGCUAUUAAUACAAUAGUCAACAGAAUUCCAGUUCUCGAUCAAAAAUAUUAUGAAAAGAAUGAUCAAAGUGCUGAGGGUUGUUUUUACUUUCCCGAACCCGAGCCAGGAAAGGUUGUAGAAUUUCCAGGAAAAUGUGAUGAGACAAUUCAAGCGUACCCAAACUUUAAUCUGACACUUUUCGGUGGAACUUGGUAUGAAAUACAAGCAUACCCUAAGGAACAACAGACAGGACAAUGCAUAAGACACGACUACUCAGUAGCAGGAAACGAUGCUUUAAAUCUUGUUUCGAGCAACGUCUUAAAUGAAGCACUGAGAGAAACAAACAGCAACGUUAGGUUCGCUUCGGCGCAAGACACUAGUGGAAAGCUUAUAAUUAGCAUCAACAGUGGUGGAUCAGAGGUCCAAAUUCCGUUCUGGAUACUUGACAUUGACUACAGCGACUACGCUUUAGCAUAUUCCUGUGUUAAUGUUGAAAACGACAGAAGAAGAGUAUUUAGUUGGAAGCUCAGCAGAUCAAAAACCUUGUCGAGUGCCGCUGCCAUAGGCAUUGACGCCGCUAUUAAAGAUAUCGAUGUUAUUGACAACAAAUAUUACGAGGCCAUCGAUCAAUCUGACUUCGCGUGCUUCUAUCUACCCGAUAUUCCCUUGGGAGAAUCUGUCAUCUUCCCAGGACAAUGUGACGUCACUAUCCCUGUGGUCCAAAACUUUAAUGUUACUAGAUACGGAGGUCGAUGGCGGAUGAUAGAAACCUACUAUUCAGACUUCCAAAACGGAGAAUGCAAUGACGCUACUUAUUCUUUACUAGAAGAUGAUACAGUUUCGGCACUGAAUACCCAAGUUAUUGGAACAGAACUUGACUCAAUAACUGGUAAUGCAACACUCGCCAGUACCGAUGGAUCUGCAAAACUUUUGGUUAGAUUCCCGACAACAACUGAGGCUUCAGAUUACUGGAUUUUGGAUACUGACUACGAUACAUACUCCCUGGUAUACAGUUGUAGAAAUCUUGAUAAUAACCGACGAAGAGUAUGGAGUUGGAAACUCAGUCGAUCAAAAGAAUUGAGUACGGAUGCUAACAACAAAAUCAACACCAUUAUCAAUAGCAUCAACGUUUUAAACAGUAGAUAUUACAAAAAAAUCGACCACUCCGAUGAUGCCUGCUUUUAUCUCCCUGUACCUGAUGGAAAACCAGUAAUAUUCAGAGGCCUCUGUGAUGAGACAAUACCCGUGGUCACUAAUUUUAGAGCUACUGAUUAUCUCAAUUUAUGGCACAACAUCGAAUCAUAUCCAUCGGCUUUCCAAACCGGCACCUGUAACAACGCUUUCUAUUCCCCCGGAACAACGACCGCCGUUGACGUGUACAACACACAAGUGAUAAACAGAACGUUGGAUUCCAUCAGAGGAACAGCUGAUAUAGCUAAGAGCGCCAAUACUGGGAAGCUAAUUGUCACCUUUCCUAUCGCCGGCACCAAUCGUACCACUGCUACAGAUUACUGGAUCUUAGAUACCGAUUACACUUCUUAUGCCCUCGUAUACACCUGUAACAAUUUGGAAGACGAAAGCAGAAGAGUAUCGAGUUGGAAGUUAAGUAGAACAAAAGUAUUGUCAUCUGAGGCUGCGAACAAAAUUAACGCGGUCGUAGCUAGGAUCCCAGUUCUGAAUCAACAAUACUACGAAAAGAAUGACCAAAGUGACGAAGGCUGCUUCUACUUCCCUGAUCCAGAGCCAGGGAAAGUUGUUGAAUUCCCGGGACGAUGUGACGAAAGUAUUCAAGCGGAGCCAAACUUUAAUUUAACAUUGUUCCGAGGAACGUGGUAUGAAAUACAAGCAUACCCGAAGGAACAACAGACAGGCCAAUGCAUAAGACACGACUACUCAGUAGCAGGAAGCAAUACUUUAGACCUUGUUUCGAGUAACGUCUUGAAUGAAGCACUGAGAGAAACAAACAGCAACGUUAGGUUCGCUUCGGCGCAAGACACUAGUGGAAAGCUUAUAAUUCGCAUUAACAGUGGUGGAUCAGAGGUCCAAAUUCCAUUCUGGGUACUCGACACUGACUACAACGACUAUGCUCUAGCAUACUCCUGUGUUAAUGUUGAAAACGACAGAAGAAGAGUAUUCAGUUGGAAACUAAGUCGUUCAAAGAUUUUAUCGGCUGAAGGUGACAGAGCAAUAUCGGACGCAAUGCAAAAUAUCGAUGUUAUCGACAAACGAUACUUUGAGAAUAUCGAUCAAUCCGAUUCUGCAUGUUUCUAUUUACCGGACGUUCCUAUGGGAUCACCAGUUGUUUUUCCAGGACAAUGUGACCUUAAUAUACCAGUCGUCCGGGAUUUCAACGUUACUGCGUACGGUGGGCGUUGGCGUAUGAUUGAAACGUACGCCUCAGAAUUCCAAAUAGGUGAAUGUAAUGAUGCUACUUACACAUUACUCGAUGAUGGUUCGGUAUUGGUAUUAAACACUCAAGUUAUCAACCAAGAUUUAGAUACAAUCACUGGCAAUGCGACGCUAGGAAGCGAUGAUGGAUCUGCCAAACUCUUUGUCAAAUUCCCAACAACCAUACAGACCGCAGAUUAUUGGGUUCUUGAUACUGAUUACACUUCAUACGCCCUUGUCUACAGCUGUAGAAACCUUGAUGAUAAUCGCAGAAGAGUAUGGAGCUGGAAACUGAGUAGAUCCACUGAACUUAGCGGUGUUGCCAACAAUAAUAUCAAUGCUAUCAUUAAUAAUAUUAAUGUAUUAAAUAGCAAAUACUUUAAGAAAAUAGAUCAUUCUGAUAAGGAAUGUUUCUAUUAUCCUAUACCUGACGGCAAACCAGUAUUAUACAGAGGACAGUGUGAUGAAACUAUAUCAGUCAUUAACAACUUUAAUGCUGCGAAUUACUUAGGAACUUGGUACGAUAUCGAGAGUUAUCCUACCAACUACCAAUUUGGUACCUGCCCUACUGCUAGGUACACUCUUAACGGCGACCGAGUGGAUGUGUUUAACACAGAGGUCAUAAACCAACGCCUUUCCACUGUUAAUGGUGUAGCAGUGCCAUAUCCUGAUGGAUCAUCCAGACUGACGGUUUCCUUCCCCAUACCAGGAACGCAGGAGUCAACAAGUACCCCAUACUGGGUACUCGAUACUGACUACAGAAACUAUGCUUUGGUGUACUCCUGCGUAAAUGAUGGUUCCGAACAUAGAAAAGUAUCAAGUUGGAAACUCAGUCGUCAAAAGACUUUGAGCCCUGCGUCCAUUGCAGCAAUUAACAUCGCCAUGGGCAAAGUAGAUGUUAUCGAUGAAAGGUAUUUCAAUGUGCGAAAUCAUACCGAUGAGAUGUGCUUCUUCUACCCUGAGAACAAUGGAGGUCCUGUCGAAUUGGAUGGAGAGUGUGCAACUGACUCUAUAGCAAUCAGCAAUUUCGACGUUGAAGCGUUUAAUGGUGCAUGGUACGAAGUAUCCCGCUACCCAUCAGAAUUAGUAUCCGGCCAAUGUGUAUCUAACGAGUUUGUUGCCUCAAACCAAAACGCUUUUACUAUGAAGAAAUCAUAUGUUUCCGAUGAGGCCCUGCUAGAGGUAACUGGUACGGCUACUGUUGCCACUGAUGGAAGAGGAAUUCUCAAUGUACGACUAACUGAAGGAAGCGGUGCCUCCUUUGAAACUACUAUGUAUGUUAUGGAUGUUAAUUACACCGACUACGCUUUACUAUACGGGUGUAGAAGUCUUGGAAAUGGAAAGAAGCAAAUUUACAGUUGGAAACUCAGUAGAAGUCAAGAAGGUCUAUCUCCUGAAGCAGAAAACAAUAUACAGAGUAUUGUAACGGAGACGAAGGAUCUGUGGGAAGGGUAUUAUGAAAUAACUGAUCAGACUUACAAAGGCUGCUUCCACUACCCUGAAUUCGAUGAGACACCUGAUGUAAUUGAAUUAAUAGGCCCAUGCGAUGAAACAAUUAAAGGAGUUGCUAAUUUCAAUGCAUCAGCGUAUUUGGGUAAAUGGUAUGAAUUGGCGAGCUACCCUCAACGAUUCCAAAAUGGCGAAUGUUCCCGCGCUUACUACAGCACAGACAAUGGUGCCGUUGUCAAUGUUAUGAACACGCAAGUAGUCAAUCGCACUUUAGACGUUGCGUAUGCUACCGCAACGGUGGCAUCAAACGACGGCAGUGGAGUUCUAGACGUCACUUUUACAAUGCCUGUAUCUACUACUUCGAACUAUUACAUUCUUGCAACGGACUACACGAGAUAUGCUCUUGUAUACAGCUGCAGAAAUUUGGACAACCGAAGAAGACAAGUCGGUAGCUGGAAGUUAAGCAGGGACAAGACAUUGAGCUCCGAUGCCGAAACUAUUAUGAAUGAUGUUAUUAACAAGACGCAAGGACUAAAUCCAAAUUAUUAUAUACCAACUAGCCAAUCGGAGGAUUCUUGUUUUUAUGUGCCGGAUGCAGAUAAAAACGAGGCGCCCACGUUUAGAGGACAGUGCCAAGAUGUUAGUGGCGUGCAAGGGUUUAAUACAGCAAGGUUCUUAGGCUGGUGGCAUGAAAUUGAAAAUUAUCCUACUGGCACAGACACUGGAUCUUGCAUCAGUUCAGAUUUCCUUCCGUCUGGAAACUCUUAUCAAGUCGUUGACACCAGCGUCCGUAAUAAUAGCGCAAGUGUUAUCACGAGUGCAGUAACUUUCACCAAUGAUGGAAAAAUAAGAAAGACAUUAAGCGAUGGAAAAGUUAUCGAUAUUUUGGUGCUUGCAACGGAUUACGAUUCUUUCGCCUUAUUGUACACAUGUGAAAAUAUUAACACGGACUACAAGCGUGUAUGGAGUGCAAAAUACAGCAGAACUCGGGAGUUAACGCAGCAUGCGCAAAGUAUUAUCGACUCUUAUAUGAACAACAACAGAGUUUUGGAGCCAAAGUUUUAUUUCUUAGUAGACCAGAGCGAUUCAGUCUGUUUCCAUUACCCGGAGAUUUCAGGAGACCAGGUCAUACUGCCUGGACAGUGUGAUACAAAUAUACCUGUUAAAAAACAAUUUGAUCCUGCCCAGUACUCUGGAACGUGGUACCAAAUAGAAAGAUAUCCACAGCGCUUUGAAAGUGGAAACUGUACAGGAGCACGAUACAGAUUGAACACAGGAACCGGUGUUGUGACUGUUUUGAACUGGCAGGUGAUAGAUGGAGUGCUGGAUUCUGUAGAGGGUACAGCUACCGUUAAUUCUACGGAUGGAAGUGCUAAAUUAAUUGUUAAUUUACCAGUACGAGGCACGGACGAUCCUGAGCCGCAAAUGGUUUCGAUGGAGCUGUUUGUUUUGGACACGGAUUAUAUCUCAUACUCUUUGGCCUACAGUUGCGUUAAUGACGGUCAUUAUCGUAGAGCAGUUGGCGUUUGGAAAUUGAGUCGAACAAGGUCAUUAACUGAAGCUGGCAACACUGCUAUCAACACGUAUACUGCGGGUCGAGAAGAAUUUAACGACAAAUAUUACCUCAAAAUAGGGCAAAAUGAGACAUGCCCAGAACCAAGUUCCGGUGUUUUAGCAAAAAGCAGUAUUAUAGUAUUAAUAAUUAGUAUCGCGCUGUCUAAACUGUUUUGA